AUGAGUUUUGUGACAGUCCAGUCUGUGAACAUCAUGACAGACAUCAUGUUACUGAGUCUCCUUCUUAUUCCAAACUCUUUGGCCGCUUGUCCUCAGGAUUCAAACCUGUUCAUCACUGCACCAACAGAGAUGGAAGCUCUGAGUGGAUCUUGUUUACAAAUCCCAUGUAACUUUACUGCUGCUGGACCAGUAAAGUUUGACAGCACAAGACCUGUGUUUGGAGUGUGGAUUAAAAAUGAUCAGAACUUUGGCAAUAAUCCAAACAAUGUGAUCUUCAACAGCAGUGGGACAGUUAACAUCUAUCCAAUGAAUAUUACAGGAAACCUGACACAGAAAAACUGCACCACUCUGUUUUCCAAUUUAACCACAAAUUAUACAAACACAUACUACUUCAGAAUUAUGAACUGGCCGUUCAGAUCAACAGCUUUUUGUGAUCCUCUUAAAAUAACAGUUAAAGAUUCCCCGUGGAGGCCCAAUAUUACAAUCUCAGGUGAUCUGAAGGAGAAGGAGUCUGUCACUAUAACCUGCUCAGCUCUCACUCCCUGUCCACACUCCCCUCCUCAACUCACCUGGAAUCUCCAACAAGACUCUCACAAC